AUCCUCUCGCGGCUACUCUUCUCUGUACAACACCAGCCCCUCAUUCGUUCCCCAGCAAGCCCCCCCUGGACUGUCAGUACUUAUACUUCCCUAACCAACUGCAUAUCCCUUCCUCCCCGGUCGACGCCCAGCCGUUUCCAUCACCACACUCUGCAUCGCGACCCAGUCCCAAGGACAGUGACAUAACAUGGCAACUUCUCUCUCUCAACUCUCUGCGUGUGUUACACGCAUCCUCUCUUUGACGGGCUUCCCGAAGGAGCUCAAAACGAGAGAUAUCCAAGCUGCCUUCGCCGAUUGGGACAAUGUCAACGGAGGUUUCAAGAUCAAGUGGAUUAACGACACCAGUCUCUUGAUUGUAUUCAAUGACGCUACUGCAGCUAAACGCGCUUACCUUCACACUCUCGCAUUUCCGCCCGCUAUCUUCACUUCCCCCAAUUCCACUCAGACGGCCAUCGUAAAACCAUACGAUGGGCCGGACGCGCAAAAUGUCAUUCAGACCGUCAAUGCACGACAGCACACCGGGAACGGACGUGGGCACAACGUACGCAACUCCGUCUCGCAUGCACGCGGCAUGUCAGUGAGCAACGGCAAUCGUGGUGGUGCCCCUGUGAACACAAACGGCACGGAUCGCAGCUCCCCUCGCGACCGUGACCGCGAGCCAUCUCCCACUCUUCCGAACAUACCCUCUCACCCGACACUUAACUCCCUUAUUUCGUCAUCCCUGGGUGGAGACGUCGCAUCCGUCGACCCUGCAAUGGUGGAUCCAGCUAUCGUCGCUGCAAUGCCAGACCAUGGCGCUCCGCGCAUUGGAGACCCCGGCAAGAGGAUGUUGGGCGCGGCACUGGGCGUCAGACAUCCGGGUCUAGGCCCUCGUGUAGUGAGCGGCAAUGGGAACGGCAUGGCGGACAUGCAGAGGGCCAUGGGUGGGUUGAUCGUCGCGGAGUAAGCGCAUCAAUUUUGCAAAGCGGCACCUAGGAUGGGCCAAAGCCGUGCGGUCGAUGAAGGCACAAGCGGAGCUCUGAAGCAAGCGGGUCGUUUCUCUGGUGGCGCUUUCUUACCCCAUGUCUUUGUCUUCCAUGCAGUCCAAGAUAGUCGAUGGGUGUUGUUUUGAUGCAUUUCGUCUGAGGGGAUCUCGUGUGUUGUUACUUUUCUCUCCUUUACGCAAAUAAAUAACGUCUGCAGUCUUAACACGA